GUCAACCGACGAACUUCGACACCAGGAUCCAGCAACACCGCAACCAUGCAGAUCUUCGUGAAGACUCUCACCGGCAAAACUAUAACAUUGGAGUGUGAAACCUCUGACACGAUCGACAAUGUCAAGUCCAAGAUCCAGGACAAGGAGGGCAUUCCCCCGGACCAGCAGCGCCUGAUCUUCGCCGGCAAGCAACUCGAGGAUGGCCGCACCCUGUCCGACUACAACAUCCAGAAGGAGUCUACCCUCCACUUGGUCCUCCGUCUCCGUGGUGGCAUCAUCGAGCCCUCGCUCAAGGCGCUUGCCUCCAAGUACAACUGCGACAAGAUGAUCUGCCGCAAGUGCUACGCACGCCUGCCACCGAGGGCCGUCAACUGCCGCAAGAAGAAGUGCGGCCACACCAACCAGCUCCGCCCCAAGAAGAAGCUCAAAUAGACGACUCGCUCACGUCGGCGUCUGGCGAAAGCAGAGAGCCUUGUUCGGGCUCGGUGGGAAACGAAAUGCGACGUUUGGUGCAUGCGAUGGGGAAACUGAGGGCAGGCUUCACUACUACCUUUCUUAUUCCACGGCACCACAUGGCAUCAUGUUCAAUGGCGUGCUUGUCUUUUGUCUCUCCCAGUAUCGAGAGACUUUAUGAAUGGGGAUCCAGGCAUGUAGAGUGAAAUGGAAUCAAUCAAACACCAAC